CCAAUCCCAAUUUCAUUUCCUAAGUUCAUCUGCAUUCUUAACUUUUCAUGUGAGAACCUAAGUUCAUCUGAGAAACCUAAGUCCAAUCCUUCCUGUGCGUUCGUUCGUUCUUCUGGCAAAGUGGAUAUACAUUUCUUUCCUGUUCGAUUUGGCAAAGUGUGAAGGGAUUUGCAGGAUGGUGUUUACCUUCAUUGUUCGCCAUGGUGGUUGGUUUGGAACCUCCCCUUACUGCCAUUAUUUUGGUGGUGGUCGAAGUGUUUUUCCUGAUCAAGAUGAAGAUAGAUGGUCAUACAUUGACACUGUUGACAUGAUCAAAGAGCUGGGAUACAAGGAGUUUAAUUUGUGGUGGUCAUACAUUGACACUACUGAGGAUGUUCCUAAAGAAGUGUUCAGGCCUUACAAAUCUGAUUCUGAUGCACUGGAAAUGGCUACGAUUGCUGCUUCAAAGGGUGAAGGUGUCUUGUUUGUUGAAAAUCUGUCAAAAGAGCCACUCUCAAUGCAUGUUAGAAAUUUUGAACCAAUUGUACCUUCUGUGGUGAAUGAAAAAGAGAAAGCUAGAAAGAAGAAGGCUCAACCAACAAAGAUGAAAACUGUUAGAAGGUCCCACCGGUUACAAGCUGUGGUGAGGAAAUCAAAUAACUUGGGCAAGCCAAGCCUAGUUGUUAUUUCUGAUGAUGAGGACUUGCAUGGUUGCUGAAAAUGUGCCUGAAAAUUUGAGUGCUCCAAUGGCUCCAGCUGUUGAUGAAAUUGUGCCUGAAGUCCAGG